AUGAAGCAAAGAUCGAGCAUAGCCAUGGACGCCGACGACAUCAAAGCAUUCAAGUUCUUUAAGCGAGAAGCCCAGCUUUAUGCACCUGGAUCUCAGUGUGUUGAUGUGUUAAAGUCCUUCCCCAAAGAUGAUCCGGCAAAACCUUCCAGGUUAACUGCUUUCCUUGGAUACAAAAAUGGGAUGAGUCAUAUUGUUAGAGAAGUCAAAAAACCAUUGUCAAAUUCAAAAGAUGAAAGGACCGAAGCAGAAGAAGGCCACCUGAUGGAGAUUCAGGUGAAUGGUGGAGACGCUGCUAAGAAGGUUGAUUAUGCGAAUAGCGUUUUCAAGAAGCAGAUUCCUGUUGAUGCUAUAUUCCAGAAAGAUGAGAUGAUUGACAUCAUUGGAGUGACGAAGGGUAAUGGCCAUGAAGGUGUGGUGACCUGUUGGCAUGUCACCCGCCUCCCUCGCAAGAUCCACCGUGGGCUCUGCAAAGUUUGCCUGUAUCAGUGCCUCGCAUCCAGCUAGGGGUUCAUUCACUGUUUGCGAGGGCUGGGAAAAAUGGUUAUCAUCAUUGCACGGAAAUGAACAAGAAAAUUUACUAGCUGGGCAAGACUGGUCAGGAGUCUCAUUCCGCUGUCAAGAGUUUGAAAGGACAGAGGAGGAUAUUACACGAAUGGGAGGUUCCCUCAUUAGGGUGUUGUGAAAGUUGAUUACCGGCUGAUAAAGGGAUGCUCUAUGGUACCGAAGAAGCAUAUUGUCACACUGAGGCUGUCAUUGUUGAACCAGACAUCCCGGGUUGCAUUGCAGGACAUCAAACUUAAGUUUAUGGACACAUCCUCAAAGUUUGGCCAUGGUCGCUUCCCAGACAACACAGGAAAAGGGCAAUUUCUAUGGACGACUUAAAGCUUAGGUAGCGAAUGGAACUAGAUGUCGCUGACUGGUGAUUUGUUGAAUUCAGCUUGUGGGGACUAUCAUACCACAUGAGCAAGUGGUCCCCCCCCGUCUCCUCCUCUCCCCCUUCUCUUUUCUCUCUCGUUCCCUUGUCUUUCUCUCUCUCUCUUUUUUUUUUAAAUUGAGACAGUUUUUGCUGUUAUCACCAUGCUGAGUUAUUGUUAGGAUAAUGUGCAUUCGAUCUAUCUGCCAGGUAUGCAUUGUUAAAGUCGUGUUGGUGAUUGGUGUUCUGAAUGAGAUUGAAAUACGUACUGGUCAACUUGAUUGUGAUGAACCAACGAGCUCUUGGCUUAGUGAGUCUCAGAUUUUUUCGCUCAAUGUUUGAGUUUGAGUUUCCACAUCUAUGGCAACUCGUUGGGGCUAAAUUUAUUCUUCAGCGUCCAAAGCACGCGGUGGGGCCUUAAUUUUGGCCUUGACAUAGGUGCGGUGGAGUCCCUUGUAAAUAGUUGUGUGAUGCUGAGGGAAAAUGUUUUUUAGCAGAUAUGUGAAGUGGUCUAUUUGUAUAUUCAUUUUUUUGAAUGUAUC